AUGGAUCUGGAUCCGAGGAACGGCCUGGAUCCGAAGAGCGGCCUGGCUCCAAAGAGUGACCUUUCUUCAAAGAGCGACCUGGCUCCAAAGAGCUUCCCGCCCGAAGACGCAUCGGCCACGAGUCCCGGCCGUGCCAUCCUGCAACCACCGCAUGGCAGCCGCGCUGGUUUCCCCGGCACGCUAGAGGUGCCGUCGUCGUCGUCGUCGUCGUCGUCGGGACUCGGCGCCGUCCACAGAAAGCUCUCCGCGCCAUCUCCCCCAGGCUCUGGCGAGUCUUGCCGCCCCGUCGCCCUGGAGAGGUGGCAAACCGAAACAUACCCGGACAAGCGGGAGAGAUCCCAGUCGAUUCCCAGUAGAGCUUGGAUUCCGCUCGCCGGCGCCAUCUCGACCAGCCACGCAGAUGACGACGAGUCGGACGCUUCGUCCGAGGCAGACUUGCACCAUGCGCCACCCGACGGCGGCCAAGACCUGGGGACAACGACCACCGGGGGCAAGAGCAUUCGCGGCAUCGACGCGCCAAAGGAGAAGAAGAAGAAGAGGAAGAGCCUCAUGCACAGGAUCCUGGUGAACGAUCGGCACUGCAGGAGCACGGGAAGCGCGCAAAGCGAUGGACGGUUGGCAAUCACGGUGCAUGAAACCGCCCAUACGGGAUACAUUGCCAAUGCUCUCGGUGCCGUGGCUCACAGCAUGCGGCCGAGAAGGGCCAAGACGACGACGGCUCGCCCCACGUCCCUGCCGUCUGCGCCGCCGCCGCUGCCGCCGCCGCCGCCGCCGCUGCCCAUGCCGCGCCUCAGCAUCGUCGUCAUGGUGGUUGGAUCCCGGGGCGACGUCCAGCCCUUUCUGAGGAUAGGCAAGUACCUGAAGGAGGAGCUUGGCCACCGCAUCCGCAUCGCCACCCAUCCCACGUUUCGAGACCUGGUCGAGAAGGACUCUGGGCUGGAGUUCUUCUCGGUCGGCGGCGAUCCCGCCGAGCUCAUGGCCUUCAUGGUCAAGAACCCCGGCAUGAUCCCGACGCUGCAAACCAUGAAGGCUGGCGAGAUUGGCAGACGCCGCGCCGCCAUGGCCGAGAUGUUUGACGGCUUCUGGCGGUCCUGCAUCCACGCCUCCGAGCACGAGACGACGCCCCGCGGGAGGGGAGCCGGGGACCGCCGCCGCGUCUUCGUUGCCGACGCCAUCAUCGCCAACCCCCCCAGCUUCGCCCACAUCCACUGCGCCGAGGCGCUCGGCAUCCCUCUCCACCUGGUCUUCACGUUCCCCUACACCCCGACGCACGCGUUCCCGCACCCGCUCGCGAGCAUCAAGCAGACCAACGUCGACCAGGGGUACACCAACUUCAUCUCGUACCCCCUUGUCGAGAUGAUGACGUGGCAGGGCCUGGGCGACCUGAUCAACGACAUGCGCGUCAACACGCUGGCGCUGGAUCCCGUGUCGACCCUCUGGGCCCCGUGCGCCACCUACCGCAUGCACGUGCCGGUCACGUACCUCUGGUCGCCCGGGCUGAUCCCCAAGCCCCAAGACUGGGGCGACGAGAUUGCCGUGUCCGGCUUCGUCUUCCUGGACCUCGCCUCGGCCUUCCACCCGCCCCCGGAGCUGGUCCGGUUCCUGGACGCCGGAGAACCCCCGGUGUACAUCGGCUUCGGAUCCAUCGUCGUCGACGACGCCGACCGGUUCACGGACCUGAUCUUCGAGGCCGUGGAAAAGGCGGGCGUCCGCGCGCUGGUGUCGAGGGGCUGGGGCGGCCUGGGCCGAGACGACGUGCCCGAGAGCAUCUUCAUGCUGGACAACACCCCCCACGACUGGCUGUUCCCCAGGGUGCGAGGGUGCGUCCACCACGGCGGCGCCGGGACGACGGCCAUCGGGCUCAAGUGCGGCCUGCCCACCAUGAUUGUGCCCUUUUUCGGGGACCAGUACUUUUGGGGCAGCAUGGUGGGCAAGUCUGGCGCGGGCCCCGAGCCGGUGCCGUACAAGCGCCUCACGGCGGACCGGCUCGCCGACGGCAUCAGGUACCUCCUCACCGCCGAGGCGAGGGCCGCCGCCGGACGCAUCGCCCGGUCGAUCGAGCAGGACGGCGACGGCGCCAAGAACACGUUGGACAGCUUCCGGAAGCAGAUGAGGGCGUACGGGCCCCCGACCCUGAGCUGCGCCAUCGUGCCCUCCCACGUGGCGGUGUGGAAGGUCAAAGGCACGCACGUCAGGCUCGGGGCCGUGGCGGCGCACAUGCUGGUCGAGGCCGGGCACCUGAGCUGGAAGCGGCUGCGGCUGCUCCGCCACACGGAGUGGCUCGACUUUGAAGGGCCCGGCGAGCCGGUGACGGCGGCGGCCGAGUCCCUGAAGAACACGGUCCGCGACGUGCUGGGCGGCAUCGGGAGCGGCCCCAUCCGAGUCGGCAAGACCGCCAAGCGCAGGCUCUGCCACAGGAUGCACUCGAGGCCGAAACGGAACGGCGGCGGCGGCGACGGCCCGCAGACCGACGAGCAGAUUCCCGCCAUACGGGUCAACGGCGAGAAGCCGGACAAGCCGGAGCCGCCGCCGCCGCCGCCGCCGUCGCUCGUCCCCGGGCCCGGCCAGUACGCGCGGGACAUUUCGAGCAGCGUGCGCCUGACGGCCCUGGCCGUUGCCAGAGCGCCGGCCAACCUGCUCGUCGCGCUGGCCCAGGGCUUCCACAACGCCCCGAGGCUGUACGGCGACGACACGGUCCGGCGGCCCACCAGGGUCAGCGGCUUCCGGUCCGGGCUGGUCGCCUCGCGGCGGGAGCUCGUGUACGGCGUCUACGACGGCGUGACCGGCGUGGUCCGCCUGCCCGUGCGGGGCGCCAGGAACGAAGGCGUCGUCGGCCUCCUCAAGGGCGCGGGCAUGGGCCUCGGCGGCCUGGUGCUCAAGCCCGUCUCGGCGGUGCUCGGCCCCCUCGGCUACAGCGUGCAGGGCGUCGUGAAGCAGGUCGAGCGGCGCCGCAGCCCGCGGCGGUUUGUGCGCCGCGCGCGCAUGGCCCAGGGCGAAGGCGAGGUCGGCCGGCUGGGCGCCGCGCGGGCCCGCGAGCUGGCGGGCCGGGUGUGCGCCGGGUGGCAGGUGCUGCAGCGCCUGGGGCGGGCCAUCGCCGACGACGAGCGCAGGAGGGGGCUGGCCGGCCAGGUGGACAGGGUGACGCUCGACGUGGCGUUUCUGUUUGCCAGCGUCGAGCGGGCGCGGACCUGCCUGGACGACCUGACGGCCGGCAAGAGCCUCGACGACGUCAUGACGGGGUACAAGGAGUGGAACGUGAAGGAGACGGAUCCGUCGUACUACCGGAGCGGCACGUCCAGGAGCCACCACGACGCGUGA